AUGCCUCUUUACACUGCCUCCAGUCCCUUGGAAUUUUCGUCUUGGAAGGACGUCCAAGAAAAAUUCGUCAUUUUCUAUGCAUCUCGGGACCGGGAGGGAAAAAUGUGGUGUCCCGACUGCCGGGAUGUCGAAGACACUGUCGAGCGCACUUUCGCGGGCGCUGAUGCUCCACCAGCACUAAUCAUCUACGUUGGACAAAAGCCCGAAUGGAAAGCGGCCUCUAAUCACUUCCGCGACGCACCUUGGUAUAUUGAGGCGAUCCCCACCAUCGUCAGGGUCAAAGACGCUACCGAGGAUGCACGGCUUGUCGAAGGCGACAUUGUGAGUCAGUUGGCCUCGUUCGUAAAGUGA